ACGCUUGAUAACGAACGAGCUAUCGCAGGGGCUCGAGUCAGCAAGGGCAGAGAGGAAUCAAAUGGGUUUAACGGCGCCUAGCUGGCUAUCAGCGGGAAAGCUUCGGGUAUAGAUCAACUCAAGCCUCCGUACUCAUUGCUUGGCGAAGUGAAUCAAUCAUGGCGGCACAGCAGAUAUUUAGGGUUGGAGUUUCCUGCUCCAACGCCAAUUUGGCCGUGAUGAGACAGACUUUUUUGGUCGGAGCCACUUUAAAAGGAUCAUGUUCGGUGCAUUUAAAUCAACCUUCUCGAAACAGAGGCACAGAUAGCAUUCUCGGCAACUUCUUCGGCUACAAAUUCUUUGAUCGGUUCGAUGAACGGAGCAAGAUUGUUGUGCUAGAUGGCAACAUCGGUGCCGGGAAGACCAAACUGGCCAAGGGACUAGCCGACCAGCUUGGGAUGAAAUACAUGAAGGAGGCUACCAUUCAUUAUUUUGAUGAGAAAGAACUUGGAGAAGGAAAGAAAUAUGAUGACAAAUUCAUGGGGUCGUGCUCGUUGGAACGCUUCUAUGCUGAUCCCUUUGCAAAGGACGGGCAUUCCUUUCGCUUUCAGCUUGCCAUGUAUGCAGUUAGGUUCGUCCAGUAUGCAGAUGCACUACAACAUCUCCUAGAAACAGGUCAAGGUGUGGUGUUAGAAAGAUCAGUGUAUAGUGACAGUGUCUUCAUGGAAGCCAUGUUCAAAAUGGGCUACUUCAGAAGAGAAUGUUACGACUACUAUAAUGAAGUUCAAAAGAUCUCCCUGUACCGUCUCAAACCGCCUCACUGCGUCAUCUACAUGGACACACCCGUUUCAGAUCUUAUUGACAGUGUCAAGUCUAGAGGUUUGGAAUACGAGCAGAACAUCCCUGUUGAAUACCUUGAAGCAUUAGAGGAAGAAUACAAACACAAGUUCCUACCAGCUAUGCAGGAGACUUCAGAGGUCAUGGUCUAUGACAAGAAUGCUCCUCGCGAUGUAGAAAGGGUGGUAGAAGAUUUUGAUAUGCUUAAGUUUGAGCACCUACCCUGGAAUGAGAUGACUGAUGACAACUUUGACAAGCUUUACAGAUUUGUCCGUGACAAGAGGAGGGUAGCACAGUGCAUGUGGAUGCCCAAGUACCUCCCUGAGAUUACCUUUGGUGCUGAACAGUUCAACGAUCUCACUGUUGAGUUUGAAGAGAAGCAUUCAGUAGGAAAAGGUUAUGCACCAGACUUAAAUCCGGACCAGCCUUUCUCCAAGCUUUUCUUCAAGUAGAACCUUUGCAAUCCAUCAAGAAGUCAACC